ACACACACACACACAUACAAUUCUUCUUAAUGAGCAGCACCAUCAGCUCUCCUUUCUUCCUCUCUUUCAUUUGCAUUUUGCUCCGCUCUCUCCUCCUCACCCUCCCACCUGCUCUGUUGAGGCGUUUAGAUUAAACGUCCCCCUGUCGUCUUCGUCCUCUUCUGUCUGUCGCCUUUUGUCCUCUGACGGGUUUCCUUCAAAGCUGUUGACAAAUCUCCCGUCCUCUCCUUUUCUUUUGUCUCAGAUGUUUCCUCUAACCUUCUCCUCCUCUUUCCUUCCUCUAUUGCUUUCUCGCCUUUGCAGCCUGGCAUCACCAGAACGCUGUGUGAAUUACACACACGUGUAUUUUUGCGUGAUAUCACAACGGCGUUCUUGCUUUUGGCGUCAUUUCACGCCAUCCAGUCCGUACUGACUGUAAAUGUGAUAAUGAAUGUUGUGUGAAUAUGCUAUUGAUGAAAAAAUGGCGCUCAGAGCAAGUGAGGAAGAGCAAACGGGGUCAAACAAACCAACGUCUCCUCGUUUGAUAUCUUAAAUGACAGUCAGCAACACACGUCACGUUUCCUCUCGUUACAUGCGUUCAGUCUUUCCUAAAUACUUCAGUUAGGUUCAGACAACAGAACUACUUUUAGGAAAAAGAUGGUUAAAAUAACUCCCACAGUGCCGUUACUAAAGUCUUUAUGUGACAAAUGAAUCCACGUUGACAGCGGCCUCCUGGACCGUGAUGUUUUCUGUGAACGAGGCGAUUUGUUGCCUCCACAUAACAGCGACUGUUUCAGAUCAACGGCGUUAUGUUGUUAAUGACACACCUUUUGCUUUCAGUGCGUUUCAGGACACGUGGAGUGUGCUUAAAUGUGGCGUGCUAUGAGAUCCCGCUGCACCUUUCUUUCUUCAUGCCCCGCCCCCUUUUCUUCAUCUCUUCUUCUCAUACUUUUUCUCUGAGACCUUUCUCCUUAUACACACAUUAUAAACUGUUUUAAUUUCUCCUGUCGUAUCCAUUACUGAAGAGCUCUGAGUGCAUUCCUAACGAGGCCUCACUUCUCUUUUCUUUCCUCCUCUCACGCAGGUUCAUAUAAAGGCAUGUGUAAGCAGAUAGAUCACUUCCCCGAGGAUGCGGACUAUGUGGCGGAUGCUUCCGAAUACUUCCUACGUGCUGUCCGAGCCUCCAGUAUCUUCCCCAUCAUGAGUGUGAUCCUGCUCUUCAUGGGGGGGCUGUGCAUCGCCGCCAGCGAGUUCUACAAGUCACGCCACAACAUCAUCCUCAGCUCCGGCAUCCUCUUCGUCUCCGCAGGCCUCAGCAACAUCAUCGGAAUCAUUGUGUACAUAUCAGCCAACGCCGGGGACCCUUCCAAGAGCGACUCCAAGAAGAACAGCUACUCCUACGGCUGGUCCUUCUACUUCGGCGCCCUCUCCUUCAUCAUGGCCGAAAUGGUGGGCGUGCUGGCCGUGCACAUGUUCAUCGACCGCCACCGGGAGCUGCGCGUGGGGGCGCGGGCCGCCGACUACCUCCAAGGUGCGGCCAUCACGCGCAUCCCCAGCUACCGCUACCGCUAUCGACGCCGCUCACGAUCCUCGUCCCGCUCCACGGAUCCCUCACACUCCCGCGAGGCAUCACCAGUGGGCCUGAAGGCCUUCGGGGCACUGCCCUCCACCGAGCUGUCCAUGUACACGCUGCCCAAGGGCCAAACGGGCACGCCAACAGCCACCUAUAACUCCAUGGAGAGGGACCACAACUUCCUGCAGGUCCACAACUGCAUCCAGAAGGACCUGAAAGACGGCGGCAACGCCGCCAACCGACGCACCACACCUGUAUGAAACUGAGAGAGGGACCUCAGACACAUAACGGAACCAAAGGGAAUGUUUUUGGGGGGUGGGGGAGGGGGAGGCGGCAAAAGACGGACGCAAGGAGACGGAAGUAGGAAGAGGGCUUAAAAUGGAUAGAUGGAGUGAGGGCUAAGAAGGGAAGCUCUGAGUGCUACACAGCCUCUCAGAUGAUCCCUGAGUUUCUGUUUAAAAAAAAAAUAGGAAACAAAAAUGCAUAAAAAAGAAACGUGCAUGAUUUUCCCAUCUACCAUUGUUUAACGAGUUUUGAACCUGUUUGUAAAGACUUGAGGGGAGGACGGGGACGGAGGAGCUGGGUGGCCGGUGGUCGGCUGUGAAACACUAGCGGUGGGCCGAGCCAGACUGCCCGAUAAAAAGUGAACUUCAUAUUUUUUACUCUUCUUCAGUCUGAUGAAAAGGGGGCGUGGUUGUCCCCCAUCGGCCCCACCUAUGAUCCCGCCCUCACUCCGCCAUCCCACAAGCCCCCCAACAUACACACACACACACACACACACUGACCUCCCGUAAAACCCCCACUCCUCUCUUUAGUUGCUGUAUCUUCUUGAUUUCAUUCUUUAUUCGCAUUAAUACUGUGAACCGUUGUGGUGAGGGAUGUUAGCAGGGAGCAAUUCAGGCCGCAAAAAAAAGAAAGAAAAAAACAAAACAGGAAAAAAAAGUUAAUAUAUGUAUUGAUUAUAUAUAAAUAUAUGAAUAUAUAUGUUAAUAAAUCAUGACUAGACUUCCCUGGCGCAAAAAUAUCAACAAGACAAAAAACAGAGACAAGUGAGCCUGAAUGAUCGUGGAGGAUUCUUCGCUCCUCUUACGUGAUGAACUGAUGUCGGUUAGCAUUAGACGCAUUAGACGCAUUCUUUUACAACGGAAACAAAUCUUUUGGCCUUCCGCCGAAGCCCUGGCAGCGAAUCCUCGUUCAGGGUCGACCCGAGGCGAGAGGUUGACCUCACUGUUUUUUUUUUGUUGUUUUGUUUUGUGCUCCAUGAAGAGGGAACUCUGGGUAAUGGAGGAUCUCUCAGCAAACUUGAAGAAGAACAUGUGGAUAAUAAGACGCCGCUGCUGCCAAAGACACAAAGUAGUGCGUGAGGAGAACAUGGCUACCGGCGAGGUGAAGCUAUAGUGACUCCAAACAAUUAAGAAUUUACAUGCAUGCUAAUCAAAAUCAUCCGAUCUGCUUUUAAGGAACUUAUGUUUUGAACAAUUGAACAAUGAUACCAUGUAAGGGCAGUUGGAGGUGACAAAGUAGAAAUUAAUGUUACAAGUACUGUGUCUAUUUUAGUUUUUCUUUUCUUUUGUUUGAGUGGGUAAUUUGGGGGUGGGGCUUCAUUACGCUUUAAACAAAAAGAACGAGCUUUGGAGAAGGUAUCAAGGCUUUUUUUUAAUCUCGGCUUUUCAUUUCUUUUCUCGGUUCCUUUGAACUCUCACACAGCCUUAGUCUCUUUCUUUGUCUCAUUUUUCUUGUUCUUUGGUUUCGCGUUGUGUUGUUGUAAAUGAGAAUUCCAACAAAAAGAAAAAAACAGAAAAAAAAAAAAACAGCGUAAUGUCUUUCAAGGUGCCAAAACUGAAUGAUUCUGAACUUGGAUGCAUCAAGUCCUGAUGACGAAUAAAAAUUGAACCACCCCGUAGGGAACAG